AUGAGUGUUCGAAGGAGAGUAUGUUCGAUUCAAGAGUCUCUUGACGAUGUAAUAACAACGCCUUCGGUUCCAGUUGUUUCCGAGGCACAAAUUUCUUCAACACCAAAAGAUAAACACACAAUUGAAACAGACCCAUUCGAUUUAAUUGAAGACAAACUUCCAAACACAAAACUUGUCCAAAAAUUACAGAAAGAGAAAAAGCCGAAGAAAGACGAUUCUGCUUUGAUAGAGCGUCAUGCGCAAGAGAUUCUUAAUCGUAUGAAACAAGGCAAAGCUCCCAGCCAACCAACACGCCGAAAGCACAAAUUGGUUGAGUUAUGGGGCACUAAAAAAGUAGACCCAAUUCCAUCAUUCGAUUACUUACCAGAACCUACUAUAAACCCUAUUAGUCCAGUUUCUCAUCCAGAGUUAAGGAUCCAACGAAAUGGAAACGUGUCAGUAAUUUCCGUGGGUGUGAAGAGUCGAAGGCUUGUGAAAAAGAUGAAGAGAAUGCACAUGAAGUGA